CCCGUUCUGAUGAUAUUGAAAGCAUGUGUCGAUCGUUACAACAUCACGUGGAUACUAAUAUCACUCUUAUUUUGACAGAGAACAAACCAAAGCUAGCGUUAUAUCAAAAUUCGGUUCGACAAAGAUUGCGAGACCUAUUAGAUCCUACGCUUAAUUUAAAUGUCUGUAUUUCCAUAGCUAGAGGACUUAUACCCGCUAAACUAUCGACAUUGAUUGGCAAGAUUUUCCCACAAUUUAGAGCAAGGCCCAUCAUUAUCGAGGCUGCGAAUUUCCUCCUCUCUUCUUUUCACGAACAGAUUUGGUUACCUAGAUGCAAUUCAGUUAUCGAUACUGAAAAAAGGAAAGGAAUAACUACUAGGCUCAAGAAAAAGAAG